GUUGAUCAGCAAUGGCUGACAAAACGCAUUAAUGUAUGUAAUUAUAGGAUGGCCCUUAAUUAUUGUUGUUAGUUGAUGUUGAGAAAUGUAUAAAGUUCGUUUAAAAAAAUUUUUUACAUUAUGUAAACAAUUCGUGAUCGUUGCAAUUGUUUAAUGCUGUUUAAUAUUACAUCGUUCUUUUACUUUAGAACAACUAAAAGAUGGACGAAGUUGGUGGUUCAAAUAACAUUGAUCCUGAUGAGUUAAUGGAUAUUGAAGAGGGUGAUGCUUCUGAUUUGGAUGAAGAUGAGGAAGAACUGAUAGAUGAACCUGUUGAAGCAACACCGUCUUCAUUUCACUUACCAUCAUCUGCUCCUGCUUCUGCAGCUACAUUAACAACCUGCUCUCCACAUAAUAAUGAAGAUCCAACACCACCCUUUGCCUUUACUGGUAAACCUUUGAGCAUUAAAAGAGGUAGAGGAAGGCCUCGUAGAGAAGGAGGGAAACCUUUGGUUAGCCGAAGAAGUAGUAAUUUAGGAGUGAAAUUAAAAAAAUGGAAAACUAUGGGAUUUUCUCGAGGUGUCUUAAGGAGAGUCAAGAGUUUAGAUAGGCCUGAUUUUGAUUUUACUUUAGCAACAUCACCUGCAGAUGAGAGCUAUUUAGAUCCCGAGACUGGGAGUUUUGUUACCCCUGAAAAAGAUAAAUUUCAGUUUACUGAUGAUUUGACCUUUUAUUCUGAUAGAACCAACAAAUUUCAGUUUACAGAAGAGUCUCCUUAUGCCCCUGAGCAAUGGCCUGGUAAGGUUUGCUCUUUAUGUAAUUUGGGGGAGAGGAGUCAGCUAGGUCAGGGUGAGUUAUUGCGCCUAUCUUGCCCUGAAGGUUUUAUCCCCCAAAAGGCAGCGCCGGAAGUUACGGACUCGCAGCCUCUUUAUAGAACUCCAGAGCGGGAGAGUGGAGACAAAAGUCCUCGGGGUGGCCCUGUUACAUGUCGUAGACAGAAGGGUUUCAACAAGAGCAGACACCCCUCUCUUACAAAUGAGUAUGUGGAUGAGCUAUCGAUCAUUGGACAUGUGGAGGAACCUGAAGUGUCUUCGAUAUUUGAACCGUCCGGCUAUUUUUUCGUGCAUAGAAGUUGUGCUGCGUGGUCCGCAGAUGUCAUAGUACAUGAAAGUACAGCUUUAGCAAAUGUAAGUCCUGUGGUCCUUCGUGCUUUAUCUGUAAAGUGUUCAUAUUGUAACCGAUUUGGGGGGAGUUUAAGGUGCAAAUAUGAAGAAUGUACCAAAGCCUUUCAUUAUCCCUGUGCCACUGCUUCAGGUGCCUUUCAAGAACUUAAAAGUUUGACAACUUACUGCUCUUCACAUUUAGGACAGGUCACACUAUUUUGUGAACUUUCUUUUUGUUACACUUGUAAAGAAUUGGGUGACAUCAGCAAUUUAAUGUUCUGUUCUUUGUGUGGCGAUCAUUACCAUGGAACUUGUGUGGGGCUGGCACAGUUGCCAGGUGCUAGAGCAGGCUGGCAGUGUCGAAGAUGCAAAAUCUGUCAAGUUUGUCGCAUGGUAGGUGACGAAUCGAAGCUUAUGGCCUGCGAACAGUGCGACAAAGUUUACCAUUCCAUGUGUCAAAGACCGGUGGUCACCUCUAUACCGAAAUACGGGUGGAAAUGCAAGUGUUGUAGAGUAUGUGGAGACUGUGGUUCACGAACUCCGGGUGCCGGACUGUCGUCCCGCUGGCAUGCCCACUACACCGUUUGCGAUUCGUGUUACCAACAACGUAAUAAGGGCUUCUCCUGUCCCCUUUGCCAUCGCGCAUACAGGGCACAUGCGUAUAGGGAAAUGGUACAAUGUGCUGUUUGUAGGAAGUUCGUUCAUGGUAGUUGUGACCCCGAUGCUGAUCCUAUGCUGUACCAACAGAGAAAAGAAGCCAAUCCCGAUUUCGAUUACAUAUGUCUUAAUUGCAAGAACAUUACGCAACAGGGAAGACAACUUAUGAUUAAAAGAAAUAGUAUCGAUGAGAGUCCUGUAGAGUCCCUUUCUGCAUCUCAAGACUCUUUGUAUGAAGAGCCAUCUCCGUACGAUUUCGAUCCUGAAAAAUUAGCUUUGGAAGAUAGGGGUACUGGAUUGGGUAAAGGUAAACCUUACAGUGCAAGCAAAAUAGCGAAGAAAAGGUUAGGCUUGGGAACUGCGGCGCCUGGACGUCCUAAAGGAACAGGGAAGAUCUUACCUGGCAAAGUAGGUUUCAUGAAAAAACAACGCUUGAACGAUUUUGGACGAAAAAGGGGGCCUAAGUCGAAAAUGAGAGGCGUCUUUGGUGUGCCAGGCGUGGGAUUGCAACGCCCUACAGGAGACGGUAGUAAGACCGAUGAAGAACCAGGUGUAGAAAACAGAUUAGUGCUGUGUUCAGCAAAAGACAAGUUCGUGCUGACGCAAGACAUAUGUGUGAUGUGCGGGGCAUUAGGCAUUGAUCAGGAAGGGUGUUUAAUUGCUUGUAUCCAAUGUGGACAAUGCUAUCAUCCUUAUUGUGUUAAUGUCAAAGUUACAAAGGUUGUGUUACAAAAAGGUUGGCGCUGUUUGGACUGUACGGUAUGUGAGGGGUGUGGCCAGCGUAACGACGAAGCUCGUUUGAUUUUGUGCGAUGAGUGUGAUAUUUCUUAUCACAUCUACUGCAUGGACCCGCCUCUUGACUUCGUGCCCCAUGGCAAUUGGAAGUGUAAGUGGUGCGCUGUGUGUCAGACGUGUGGGGCCACAGAUCCGGGUUUCAAUUGUACUUGGAUGAACAGUUACACUGAAUGUGGGCGGUGUGCGUCGUAUAACACCUGCCCAAGCUGCGCCGAAUCAUAUUCAGAAGGCGAUUUAAUAAUACAAUGUCAACAGUGUCAACGAUGGUUGCAUGCAAUUUGUGAUUCGAUUAAAACAGAAGCUGAGGCAGAAAAAUGCACCGAAGAGGGGUACAGUUGUGUGCUGUGUAGGCCUAAGGAUGUGCCGCCGCCCCAUUUGCAGCCUCAGCAACAGCAGCAGCCUAUUCCUAAGCCGCCCACGCCGACGAAGAGCCCGGAGGUGAAGUCCAACCAAAAUUAUUAUGUCGAUGGAGUCUAUUUGAGUGAGGCAGGUCACAGUUUGAUAAAAGCUAUGAGUUUGGAACAACAUUUCACGAGGAAGAAAAGAAAAAAGGUGCUGCCUAUGCAGGACAAGGAGGCGGGGAUUAUGGCCACUAUUGAGUCUGUUGUGGCUGGCACAAAUAGUAUAGAAAAUAGUUUGGAAGAUAGUGCAAAAUUAGAAUUGGUAGAAAUUAAAGAAGAACAACUUCAGGAUAUAUACAAAGAGGGAAUGAUAUGGACUAAAGAGGACGGCCCUCCACCUGACGGGUUUACUCUGUAUACCAUGGAAAGUGGCGUUACAGUUUUACGACGUAAACGACAAAGAAAUUUACAAAAGUUGGGAAUAGGUGGUUUUUUGGUACGGAUGAGAGGUAUUAGGGGUGGUAUGGACACCGACGAUGUGGACAUGUUACCAGGUCAGACGACUCCUACUUCGACCGAACCUCCAACUCAAUCAUCCCUCGCAGAGACCUCGUCGGAUAAGCCGAGACGUAAACCGGUCCGUCGAAAGCCCAAAAAUAAGUUGGUUGAAAGUUUUCCACCCUAUCUUCAAGAAGCCUUUUUUGGGCGUGAUCUUUUGGACACUAACAAAGAAUUAGACAGUUCGAGCGGAAGCGAGGAGGAAAAUUCUAAAUACGAGAAAGAAAAAGACUCCAAAACUAUACAAUUAUCUCAGGACGAAAUAAAAGCCGUGGCUGCUGUAACAGCAAAGCAAGAGAAGUUUGAAAAUUCUAAAGAGCCCCUGAAGCUGUUCUCAGGGAGUAUGACAGGAGACAAGACAGACAAUGAAAACGACUCGGUUUGUGUGUCCAGAGAGGAGGACGAGAGCGAUUCAGAAGCCCUUAAGGAUGUGCUUAAUUUGCCAGGAGACCUUUUAGACGCUGAUCUUGUAAAUACUAUCAUGAAUGAAGAUGAUGAGGAGCUUAGUAAAAAUGCAGAUAAUCUUGAAAAGUUAGCUGAUUCUAAUUUAACAGAGGAACCUGACAUAUCAGAUUCUCUUUCUAAUUCUAACAAUUCAAAAGAUACCAAAGACGACAUAACAGAAAUACUUGGAUCUCACUUUAAUAUCGAGUCAAUUCCCAAUAUUAACAGUAAAGAUGUGGAAGACAUAUUUAAGGGUGUUUUAACUGAUGAAUCACAAGAAUCUGAGGAAAGUAAUAUGGUAUUUCCAAAGUCUAAUACAGUCACCAAUAGCACAUACAGCAGUAGUAACAGCAAUAACAAUCAGCCUGUUCUUCCUCAGGUCGUAUCUGCCUCUAUGAGACCUACAACAUUAACUAACGCUAACCAAAACAGUCUCAACUCACCUAUAAGCUUCCCACCGCAAUCCCCUUAUCAUUCUGAAUACAGCAAUAGUCCCCAGUUUAGUCCAGCGUUUUCUGAGCCUCCAAGUCCCUGGGUGUCAAUAAAUGACAGCGGGACUGGAGGCGUGGCAACCACCGAAGUCGAAACAACUAACGCUGUGGUGCCUUCUACUUAUAAUCAGCGUUCCUCAGAGAAAAUGAAAGCUGAUGAAGGUUUAGGAUCCGGUGCCACCAUAUCGGCCGUUCUCUAUGCCAACAUGAACCAUCCGGAAUGGAAAACCGAAUAUCCUACAUGGAAUGAUCGAUACAAGCAGAUUAUAAAAAAGUGGAGGACGUUGAGUACCGAACAGAAAGCUCCCUACUUGCAACAAGCCCGCGAUAAUAGGUCCGCGUUAAGAAUGAAAAAACAACAACAGAUGAGCAAGGAAGGCGUUGUAGCUAGCACGACGUCGUCCUCAGCAGCAGUGACUGCGGCUGCGAUCUCAAAGACGUCAGCCGUCCCCUUGCAGACCCAAGGAACCCUAUUGUCCGCUGCCAUUUCAGAGGUGUGCACCCCAACAACUACAACAACACCAACUACUACUACAACCAUCACCCCCGACCAGGAAAAAAUAGCUCAGCAACAGAAAAACGCUAAAGAGGCUGAACAAGAACGCCAAUGGAAGCAGCUGCAGGCUUUGAGGCAUCAACAGGCUCAGCAACAACAACAUAUAUUACAAGAGCAACGAACGCAAGCUGGCAUGGUGGGCCCUCCAAGACAUGCAAAUGAUAACAAUUCUCAAUUUUCUUCAGAACCAGCGCUUCUUCAAUCCUCUACUACCGCGCCCCCCUCGGCAGGGGACAAUCUAGUAAUAAAUCACCAACUGCGGGAUUUGCUUCAGAGGCAACAAUUUAAAAAGCUGGACGAACAGUUGCUGCCAGGCAAAGGCCAGCAAAGAGUGUGGCCACCCCAACAGGAUUCCUCCUCGCCUGAUCAGGAUGGCUUGAAUGUAACAAAUCAGAAUAUUAGUGGACCCGGAGGAGACGUAACUUUCAGACAUCCGCUGCCUCCGGGAAUAGCACGACCUAGGGGCGUCGUGGGCUCGGGUAGCAUAUUACUAAGGCAGCCAGGGGGUCUAGUGGGAGUUAGGAUACCUGGGAAUGAUCCAAAAUUGCAGGGUCUCGAACCCAGAAUGAGACUUCUUUUACAGAGAAAUUUAAUACAGAACAACUUGCAACACCAACAGCAGGCCCCUCCGCAACUUUCUCAACAGUCCUCUCAACAGCCGCCUCCUAAUAAUUUUCAACAAGCUACUAAUGUUCGUCAAACUACCCAUUCAACUUUAGAACGCUCUCACAGUCUGGACCAAUUCGAGCAACUAAUACAAAAACAAAAUUCCAAUUCUAUGAACACCAUGCAACCUAAAAGACCUGAUUCAGUACCAGCUUCGAUGGGUACUGGUCCUAACACGUCUCCAUUACAUUAUGGGGGGCCCGGAGCAGCAGGUAAUAUUCAACAUCAACAACAAAUGCACCAACAGCAUGCCCAACAACAACAACAGCAGCAGCAGCAGCAACAACAACAACAGCAUCAACAAAUUCAACACCAACAACAACAACAGCAACAACAACAGCAGCAACAACAACAGCAGCAGCAGCAACAACAACAGCAGCAGCAGCAGCAAACAUUGCCCCAGAGUGAACAAGAGAUCCCUGAUAACGUGACGGCGGAGUUGGAGAAAUUGGAACAGGAAACUGGAACCAUGGUAGAGUUGCAGGGUGUUCUUGACAUUCUGGGUGGAUUGGGAGAGGAUGAUGAUGAACUGUUAGCUGAAAUGGGACCAGAUUUUAACAUUCUUACAUAUGCAGACACUGAACUAGAUCCAUUAUCUUCUGGAGAAAAAACAAAUAUUUUAGAUAGUUUGGAUUUGGUUGACUCUGAACAAGAUAAAGAAGACAAAAAAGUUAAAAAUAGUUUGAUGCAAAAACAACCGAUUGAACAGCAACCACCUCCUCAACCUCAGCCUGUCUUACCACCGGUGGACAUCACUGUUAAGACAGAGACUGUAGUACCUAAAGAAAUGGUACCCGUAGGCGGCAUUCCUACAAAUUCUGGACAGUCCACUUUGCAGUCACCCUCAACUAUUGUAGUUUCCAGGAGCACCGCAACUUCUCAACCUACGGUCCAGAUGCAACUCAAUACACAACAACAAAUACAUCAGCAGAUGUUGCAUCAGGUGCAACAAGCAGUGGCUUUAGGAAGACCAAUGGCUCCAGGAACUAAGCUCAUGUCCCCUGAAGGAGUUAUUGGAAUAGUUACUCCAAAUAACAAUGUGUCCCUUACAUUUCCUUCAAAUUAUUUUCAGAAACUUCAAAUGCAAUUACAAAAUCAAAAAUUACAUAUGCGCUUGGCUAGUACUGGAGGAGCAGUACCUCGUCUGGCAAAUCCUGUCUUGCAAAAUACAGGAUUGUCUGCUCGAAUGAAUACUACUCCUAAACCGCCACCUCCUCCGCCACCGCCUCCACCGUACCCGGGCCCUCCUCCCCCCUAUCCAGGCUCGACAAGCCAGAUGGGGUAUCGCAUGGGUUCAGUGCCCCCCGGGUCGCUGAGCCACCUGCCGCAGGGGUAUAUGUAUCCAUCGCCUCUUCAGGCCAUGCCUUUACCGCCUCACCUGCAACGGAGACCCAUGCUCCUUCAGGAACAGCCCUUACUUCUUGAAGAAUUGCUAGAGCAAGAAAAAAGGGAACAGGAAAAUCAGUUGCAGUCCCAGACUAAAGAAACGGGACCUUCGACGCCCUCUAGGUCGGGUCUCUUAAGCGAACACGAUUUUGAAAGACUUAAGGCAGAUGUAUUUAGUAGUGGGGGAAUUAGGGCCACACCAACCAGCCAACAACAAGGACUACCAGCCCAAGGUCUUUUGCCUGUGCAAGGCAUCCAGAAUAGUGGUCAGGUGAAUUUUGGGGCUCAACAGUCACAGCAAGCAAAUCAGUGGCAGCAAAGUCCUACGAGGCCGAGUCCUGCACCUACUCCCCAGCCCCCGACCGAUAUGACAUCCAGAGUGCCUAUGUUCAACGUUUCGCUGUUGCCGGCACCCUCUUUGCCCCCUGAAAACGUCGUAACCGAACAAGACAGACAGGCACAUAUGGUGUACGAUCAAUGGUUGAACAAUCAAAACACGAUCUUAUCCCAGCAACUAAAAUUUUACGAGACAGAAGUACAAAAGUUGAGAAAAUCGAGAAAGUCUUUGAAUAGCAAACAGAGACAGUUGAGGAAGUCUGGAAAUCAGCUGACAGAUGUCGAUGCCAAAGAACUGCAGAGGAUUUCUUCAGAGCAGUCUAUACUUCAGAAACACCUCGAAUCAAGCAGAAAACAGAGCCGACAACAUACUAUUCUAAUGCAGGAAUAUCGCAAUAAGCAACAGGCCAAGCAACGACCAAGUCCUGGCCAAUCUCCCCUUCUUAUUGGUACAGGCAAUCAACCGACACACUCGCCUUUAGGCCCCCCUGUGUCUUCACCAAUUCAUUCUUCUAACGCGUCUCAUUCGCCUAUGAUGUCACCAACAGCGUCUCCAAUGACAUCGUCCCAGCAUAAUUCUCCCCUUCAGAGUCCGCGACCGCUUGUUUCUCACUCUCCAGGUCCCAGUUCAGUCGCUAGUUUAAUUCAGAGCCCUGGAGGCGGACCCCCGCCCAGUGGCAUGUCUCCUCGUAUCGGUACACCACAAUCGCAAAGCGAGGGAAGCCCCGGACCCGUGCAGUCCCCCUCUCAGGUAUGUCUCCCUCCUCCAGCGCCACGUAUGACCUCCCCCCAACACCGUAGAAUGGUAACCAGUCCUGUGGGUUACGUUACGAACGAUAUAAUGCGCCAAGGGAAUAAUCAGCAAACGCGAUUCGUUGUAAGAACGAGCAUGGGCGAUCAACAACAACAGCAGCAGCAGCAAAGAUCGAGGCUGACGUCACCUUCGAAUGUGGCAUUUCAGCAAAGGGCGGUCGCAGGAACUGGCAGUGGAACACAGUCGCCUCUAAACAGCCCCCCUACCACUCCUAUACAACAGUUAACUCAACAACAACAGCAGCAAAUAUUGCAGAGACAUUUGCAGCAACAGGUGUUCCUUCAGCAACAGCAGGGGCAACAACAGCAACAAGUCAACGUCGAUGGUCAACAGACUGAUAUAAACAUACUGCAUUCGCAGAGAGCCAUACAGCUGAUGCAGCAACGGCAGAUUAUACUGAGACAGCAACAGUUGGCCCAACAACAACAGCAGCAGCAGCAGCAACAACAACAACAGCAGCAACUUCAGCAACAACAAGCUGUAAAUCAGCCCCAAGCGUUGACACAACAGCAACACCAACUCAUGAUACAACAGCAACAGCAACUGGCUAAACAGCAACAACAGCAGCUGGCUCAACAGCUUCAAAAUCAAAAUAGAUUACAAAAUCAACCCCCUAGUUCUCCCAUGCCUCCUCAAAGUCCCAUGAUUAACCAGGGCCAGCAAAUUAUGUCUCCGCAUUCAGUUCAACCAACGUCACCCAUGCCUCCACGUAGUCCAAUGAUCGGACACAACCAGCCACCCAGUUCUCCUAUAUCACGAAGCCCUGUCAUCCAUCAGCAUAUUAAUCAGCCUCCAAACAGUCCGAUGUUGCAUCCACAGCAACCAGUGAGCUCACCUUUGCCUAGGAGCCCUUCCGUAGCGUCUAUACAAUCUCCCAUGAUGAGACGACCUCCUAGUAACAGCCCGGCCAUUCCUGAAAGGCCAUUGAGUGUUGAGAACCCAAGUACCCCUAGGACUCCGUAUACACCUGAAUCCGACCACACUGGUGGUGGUAAUCCAUAUAAUCCGUUAAAUCCAGUACCAACACCCCCUGACUGUGAUUCUUCUGGAGGUGGCAACCCACAUAAUCCUUUGAACCCGAUUCCGAGGCCUCCUAUGUUUGGAAAAUUUGGUUUUAUUAAACUGGGUUUGAGGGGUGGCUCUCCUAUGUGGAACAGCUUCGGCCGUGGCGCUAAACGUGUCCCAGAAAACAAAGACGAUAAAUCUGAAUCAUCUGGGGAGGCUUCGGUUGUUCCCAUGAGGAUGAAAAAGGAGUCCCAUUUGAGUAAAGUGUCCAUACUUAAAAAAAAAUCACCGGCAAAAACAAACCUGCAAUCUUUUGCCACCAGUAAAGUUUCCUCUUUGGUUAGCAGCGAUUACAAUGAGUUCGAAGAUAGUUCUUCUCCACCAGUAACUCCCCCACCGAAUACUUCCACUAGCAGACCGUUACAACAUAGAAUUAUUUCGGGAAAGAAAGUCCCCGAAACUACAGACUUAAAAGAACAGAGUAGUGGCCAAAGACCUGUUGUGGUUUUAAACACAACUAGUCCUGGUGGCAAAAGGAUACCAUGUGAAGAUAUGAUGGACUACGACGAUGAUAACGGCGUCGUAUCGACAGAAGUAUCACUGAGCUCUGCAGCACAGCAAAAUGACGGUGACGAUAUAACAGUUAUAGAAACUUUUUCACAAUCAGACAUCAAUGAAGUAAUAGCGAGUCCCUUAGAGUCAGAGCAGAUUGGGGAUGAAUUUCUCUUAUUUCCGGGAAACAUGGUGGUGGAUAUUUCGGGGGAUGCCCAAUAUUCAGACAAAGAAGACGAUGAUGGUGAUUAUGGCGACGAUAUGGGUGAAAUGAACAGCAAAAAUAUGCAGAUUGUGAAUGUAGCCAUUCAAAGCCCCACAACAAGUGACGAAGAAAUGAUAAUGCAGGGAAAAACUCAAGACGUAACUGCAGGAAACUAUCUUGUCCAAGAAAUUUCUUCCAAACGAUUGUUAACGAUGCGCGAGGUUCCAGAUUCUCCAGACCAAGAAGAUACAGCUCACGAAGGUUCUCCAGAAAAUUACACUCAGUCUGCUGACGAAGAACUCAUAUCGAACUUAGAAGAUUCAGAAAUUGUUAUAAUUGAUCCCAAUAUUAAAUCUCCAGAGGAACAGAUAUCAACCAAAGAAGACUUUGAAGAACUUAUAGAUGAGGGAUCAAGAAAACAGAAGUUGUUUAAACAGGAAUUCAUUAAUAACAAACAUAUAAAUGAAAUCCACAGAUAUGCAGCUAAUUCACAUCAGAAAUCCACAAUGAUCUCUUCUUCGCCACAGCCACAAGCAAGCCCCAUUGUUUUAUCUAACAUCCCAAGAACUCACACAUCUUUCGUUCAGUCUAUCCAAUCCGCUAACAACGUUAAAUUAACUAACGUUAGCACUAACGAAAACACUACUACAUACUUAACUGUUACUUCUAUUAGCAACACCAAGGGUUCUGGAAAUUCUACCCAGUCGGCAAUCUUUACCAAAACAAAUGCAAAUGUUGUUAUCGCUUCCCAACCUUCAAAAUUGACUACCGGGAGCACUAUUACUUCUGGCAUUACGAAUUUUAUUCUGCCAAUUAAAACUAGUAUUGCCCGAAGUAAUAUUAUUAGUGUUCCCAAGCUUAUAACUUCGGCUUCGCCUUUGACUAUAGUCAGUGGAAACGCCUCUGUACUGCCAUCUAGAUUUACCAUUCCAGUUAUAAGUGCAAGUGAUUUAAGUAAACUUCCCAACGUAAGGGUCAUUGAUAAACCGUCGUCUUCUCUAUCUUUGUCGACACAGGAUACAGGUUUGCCAAAGAAAAUCUUCGAAGAUGGUUCGGUAUCGCCAGAUAGCUCCACUAACGACGAUGAUAAAUCGAAGAAAGAAUUCCCUGAAAAAAUUGCAGCCGAACAGAAAUCGAAAUCUAUCGAAAAAGAACCUGCGGAAGAAAAACAAGUCACUAAACAUUUCUUUAAAAAAGAAAUUGUAGAAUCCCCUCAAGAAGUGUCUUUAAGAAAGAUCGAAACAAUUCAGAUCGCAAACGUUAUUGUAAGUGAUUGUAUACAGAGACUUCCAAGUCCUGUUGUAACUAAGAGAUCAUCGCCAGUUAUAGUUCAUAACGCUCCCGAAUUAAAGAUGACAGCUCACGUAAUCCAAGAGAAACAAACCAAUAUGCAGAUAGGUAGUAGAAGUGGGGAAUCUAUGUCUGCAUCGUUUAUUACAUCUCAGUCUGUUGAAGGGCAUAGCGAUGGUGACACCGAUAAGUCUGUUGUCAUUUCCAUACCUUCUCCAACUCCUUCGCAGGAACAAAUGCUUGAUAAUAUCGCUCUGCAGGCCCUAGAAAGCAGGAGAAGAGACGGGAAAGGAAUUACGGGAGAGUUCGAUUCAUUCGAGGACGUUCUAGAUAUGAUCGAAAACAUAACUGGCGAACCUCCCACUGUCUUGGAAGAUGCUGUUAAGAAGUCACCUGCAACUAGUUUCGUCAAUACCUCAUCUUCUCAGGAAAGCGAAAGGAAAAAGGAGAAAUUGAAAGUCACUCCUCCCCCUUUAACACCUUCUCGUGCACCGCUUCCAAAAACGACUGAAAAAGAUAGUACAGAUAGCAGCUUCGUAGCAAUAAAAAGCACGACUAAGGCGACCGCUAUGCCUCAACUAUCGCCUCUUUCACAACCCACUGAACUGACCACCAAUAUGGCAAACGUGUCACAACAACUGCGCACUUUAUUGUCUUCUCUGCAUACAACGACCGUAACUUCUUCGGCUAAUGUUACAACCCUUGUGAAAAGUACAGACCCAAAGGAACCUGCUGUAGGUAAAGAACCCCCUAAAAUUUCUAGACCCAUGCCAGUUAGUGAACAGCAGCAGAAUACAAUUUUAACAACAGCAAUUAUACAGAAAAGAAGUGAGCACACCGGUAGUUUAUCUUUUACUGGUUCAUUUACUAAAACCAACAGUUCUAUAUCAGAAUCUCCAUCUUCUCAAGUAACUGCAUCUUUAACACCAUCUUCUUCGACAUCCUCAUCAACUGUUAUUACAAAUUUACUUUCAAAUCGUAAUUCUUGCAUAAGUGCAGACAACCAACAGCAGCAGCAACAACAGCAGCAGCAUAAAUCGUUGGCAACAUCUACUACUUCACUGGCGUCCUCAAGUGUUCAGGUGAUUUCCCAGGCCCCUCCUCUAUACCGUUCUUCAUCUGUAAUCACUUCUGCAACAGAAAGUAGCGUUCCCCGUACGUCUUCUCCCCAAGCCAAGAAGGGCUCAUUAAGUUUGAAUGCCAUGCUUCAGUCCCAUCCAGCGGCCACAGUAGCUCAAACUUCUCCCAGUACGAUAACAACUGCUAGCAUCCUCGAAACACCUAUGUCAAUAUCACGAACAGCUUUUAGCCCUUCCUUAAUAAGUGCUCAACCUCACGUGGUUUCUCCAGUGGUUACCACCUUAUUGCAACAACAACCUCAAGUUCAUUCUGUAUCUUCAACCGGAAACAGUUCUCACACGACGUCUGUAUCCCAAUCAAAUGAUUCAUUUAAACCGACAGUAUCGUCCUCAGGAACCCUUCUGCAUACGCAGCUCACUAGAACCAAUUUUACAUCUAAAUCCUCUGCACAUACAGAAGAAGAUAACGGUUCUAAAGACAACAAGAAAAAGGAAGAGGUUGUGCCUCAGAGGGGUACAUCAACGUCCGCUGUGAUAAUAAAUAAUAGUAUAAAGUUCACUCAUGUUGCUGGUAAUUCGAUUAAAAUAGAAGAUUCGCAGAAUGUACUGCUGAAGCAAUUGCUUCAAAAUACAGGCUGUGUAACGACGCAAUCUUUAACUACAGCGUCUCCUUCUAGUUUGGUUUCGACCAGCAGUAGUAAUAAUACAACUACCACAGCACCUAGUUUACCUAUAGUUCCAAGCUUGGAGGCGCAGUUAGCUCGUCCCGUGCCUCCUACACCUACCCCUUUGUUGCCUCCACUUUUACAACAAACCGAAGCACCCACAUCCACCAGUCAGGCACUCAAAACAACACAAGCUCGAACGAUCUUUAGUAGAGAAACGUCCUUUAUUUCGAAACCUGUUCAGCAACAACAACAACAAACCUUUCAGCAGCAACAACAACAAAGCUUUCAGCAGCAACAACAACAAAGCUUUCAGCAACAACAACAAUCGCAACAGGUUUUACAACAACAGCAAAAUGCGUUGCAUCAACAACAAAUUUCGCAGCAACAAAAUCAAUCUAUGUACCAGCAAAGUCAAUCUAUUUUACAACCGAGUCAAUCUAUUCAACAGCAAAGCCAACCUAUUUCACAACAGAAUCAAUCGAUUCAGCAACAAAAUCAAUCUAUACAAAAUCAACAGCAGAAUCAAGUGUUGCUGCAGCAGCAGAAUCAAGUGUUGCUACAGCAGCAACAAAGUCAACCAGUACAACAGCAGCAAAAUCAGUCGAUGCAACAGCAACAAAAUCAAACAUUGCAUCAACAACAACUGCAUGUUUCAACACCUGCGACUACUCAGUUACAUAUUGACGUGAAAAAAUGUCUUCCACCGAGUCGUACGUCAAGUAGGGACGAGCUGUUGUCGCCUCCUACUCCCAGAUCGUCAUGUAGCCAAGAUUCCAGCCUUCAGACACCUCCAUUAGUCAUCAAGAAGGAGCCAAUGUCCGUUUCGUCUCAGCAAAGUCCAAUUUUAACGCCACUAGAAGUUAAAAAAGAAUUGGUCGAUGAGUCGUCACAACACUCUGAAGUUUCUGAUCAAAGUCGUUCUGACAUACAGAUUAAGGAAGAGAUGGAGUCAUUGGAUAUGGUCGAAAGAUCUGCAGCUGAUCAGAAAGAAGAGUUGAAAAAGUUGAAGAGAAGAGUCUACCAACAGAAGAGAAGGCAGAAUCAGUUGUUAAAUAAAGAAUCUGCCGGUGGGCCUCCCAAGAAACGACAGAGAAAAUGUUCGAAGGUGGAGGAAGAUUACGACUCUUAUAUAGACGGGGUGUUAUCACAGUUGAGAACGUUGCCUGCGAUGGUCGUUCAAGAGCCUGUUCUUGGUAAAAAUUAUGCAAUUGUGCCUGUAUUUGGUUCUGGUGACUUAUCCAAAGUUAGUUUAAAGAAUUAUGAUUCUCGUUACGGUGAUCUUACUGGUUCUUAUGGGAAUGCCACCGUACCAGGCUUUACUGAUUACUACAAUACAAAGCCGUACGGUCCUUUGGAACCGUUACCAGAAAAACCUCCGCCAUCUACUCAGCGAGGUUUCUACGACCAAGAGUUCCCACUUAUCAAAUUUGACAAUGACGAAGAUAGGAAGUUUGAAUUGUUCAGUAGAGACAACGAUACUCCUGAUUCUAUUAUUAGUAGUUCUUCACCAGAAACUACCUUACCGGAAUCAUACAGCAAGUUCUUGGGAUUAAAACUCAUCGAAGAAGACGAUGAAGAUGACGAGGUUAGUGAAGAGGAAAAGGCAAAGAAAAUGAGGUUGUCACCUGUAAUUCCACUCAUCGUUCCUAUACCUAUAAGGCUGAAACCAGUUGGACCAUACAUAAAGGAUUAUGCAGAUGUGGACAAAGAAAAUAUUGGAAGAGAAUUUAUGGGUGUAAAGACUAAAUUUAGUCAGACUCCUCCAAUACCUCUAAGGGACUCUGGAAAUGUUACAGUUACUUUGACAUUAACCUCUUCAGCUGCUGAAGACAUAAUGGGGGUUCUUCGAGACUUGGCAAACCUUUUACACAUUCCACCUCCUACUAGUUAUCAAAUCGUCGAAAGAACCAGUACUCCUCCAGGUCAAAAGUUGGGAUUGUAUCGAACUAAAGGGAAAGAUGGCAGGGAAGGAGCACCAAUUGACAUUCAAAGUAUUCUCAAUGGGGCAGCAAAAUUCUGCAGGCAUUGUGAUGUAGUUAUACUUAACAGCAUGAUUAGGAAGAAAGUAUCUGAAUUGCCAUUCCUUUCUAAGGACACAGAUUUAUUAGGCGAUGGAGACGAAUUGUACUUUUGUAGUUCAGCUUGUUACAUGCAGUUUGCUAUAAUGCAUAGAUCACCAUCUUUAACGGAAGAUAAGGCUGCUGCAAUAGUUGAUCAUUUGAGCCAUAAGGAAGAUAGUCUUCGAAAUAAAAAGCCCAACUACGAAAGUGAUGUGUUCUCAUACGAAAAGAAACCAGACAUGACAAAAAUGGACGUAAACUUAUUCCGAUCAGAUAAUUUUGACGCCAUGGACGUGGAUGUAAAACCUGACACUAACUUCUUGACGAAAUCGUUCCAAUUCGACCAAAAGAAAAAUUCCAGUGUACCAAUUAGUAAACAAGAUAAGUCUUGGAAGCAAAUGAAAUAUCGCUAUUGGACUUACGGAGCUCUUCAGCCUGUAAUAAAACACAAGAAACCGACAGAAAACGAAAUAAUGGAAUUGCUAUAUCGAAUGGGUAUAACGGUAAGGUCGCAAAAGAAUUUCGAAGACACACGAAAGUGCAUGUUUUGCCAUGGAAUCAGCGACGGUGUUUCAGACGGCACUGCGCGACUCCUCAACUUCGAUGUAGAUAAGUGGGUGCACCUUAACUGUGGUCUUUGGUCUGACGGGGUGUAUGAAACGGUCAACGGCGCUCUUAUGAAUCUUGAGAACGCUCUCCAACUAAGCCUAGUGACCGUCUGCGUUUUCUGCAGCAAAUUGGGGGCCACAAUACGCUGCUUUAAGACUCGGUGUUUGAACGUGUACCACCUCGGUUGUGCGGUCAAAGACGGAUGUGUGUUUUAUAAGAACAAAACAAUCUAUUGCACGUCUCACUACCCGAAAAACGAAAAAGACAACGAGUUGACGACUUUAUCGGUAUGGCGUCGGGUAUACGUGAACAGGGAUGAAAACAGACAAGUUGCAGCUGUUAUGCAGCACUCGUCAGAUACCAACAACCUCCUCCGGGUCGGUAGUUUGAUAUUUUUGAACGUCGGUCAACUCUUGCCCCAUCAACUUCAAAAUUUCCACACAGCAAACUAUAUUUAUCCGAUUGGGUACAAAAUCAUUAGAUUUUAUUGGAGCACUAGGCAUUUGAAUAAACGAUGUCGGUACAUUUGUUCAAUUCAUGACGUUUCUGGACGACCAGAGUUCCGGGUACUGGUACAGGAUCCUCCUGAAGAGGACGUGGAGUACAGAGAGAGCACGCCCAAAGCCGCGUGGGUUCCCAUUUUGGAGAAAAUCGCCCAACUUAGACGAGAAAACCAGUGUCUACAAAUGUUCCCCAAGUUCGUUAAUGGGGAAGAUCUUUUUGGACUGACAGAACCAGCAGUUGUACGAGUUCUUGAAAGUUUACCAGGGAUAGAAACCUUGGCCGAUUAUAAAUUUAAAUAUGGCAGGAAUCCUCUGUUGGAGCUUCCGCUCGCAAUAAAUCCGUCAGGGGCGGCCAGAACAGAGCCGAAACUAAGGAAUCAGUUUCAUUGGAAACGGCCCCAUACUCAGAGGACAGGGUCUUCGGUCAGGCCUGUUUUUGUUCCCACUGCACAAGGCAUGAACGAGGCUGUGUGUCCUUAUAGUAAACAGUUCGUUCACUCAAAAAGCUCUCAAUACAAGAAAAUGAAACAAGAAUGGAGAAACAAUGUUUACCUUGCCAGGUCGAAAAUUCAAGGAUUGGGCCUGUAUGCUGCCAGAGACUUGGAAAAACACACCAUGGUGAUCGAAUAUAUUGGAGAAAUUAUUAGAACAGAACUUGCAGAGACGAGAGAAAAGAAAUAUGAGGCUAAAAAUCGAGGUAUUUAUAUGUUCCGGCUAGAUGAGGAGAGAGUCAUAGAUGCCACAUUGUCUGGUGGCUUAGCUAGGUACAUAAAUCACUCCUGUAACCCGAAUUGUGUUGCAGAAAUAGUAGAGGUCGAUAGGGAUCUUAGAAUAAUUAUUUUCGCCAAAAGACGAAUUCAAAGAGGUGAAGAGUUGGCAUACGACUACAAAUUUGACAUUGAAGACGACCAGCAUAAGAUAUCGUGUAUGUGCGGGGCCCCAAACUGUCGAAAGUGGAUGAAUUAAAGCGUUUUUUAGCUAGAAUAAUUGAGUUAGAUGUACAAAUCGAGUAUAGCAAUUUUUGAUUAUAUUGUAAAUAAAAUGUAGCCGAACUUUUUUGUCGGAGAGCUCGUUAGAUAUGACCGCGUGAACUGAUUUCAGUGCCAUUUAUCAACCAUCCUUCGCGAUACCAAAAAAAUGUUAUAAUUCAUAAGAAAGUAAAAUAAAUGAAAAGUAUGUAUAUUAAAAACAUUCCACUUGUUGCCCGAGUCCGUGUAUUGAAGGUCAUUUUUAACGAGCGUAUUUCUGUAAACUGUGAAACAUUUUACAGGUUUGGGACCAAUGACCCAGCCUUAUUUAAGAAAGAAAAAAAAAAAAGAGAAAUAGGGAGUCUCUUUUUUUAUUGUUUUUUAAUCUUAAUCUUUUUUGUUAUUUUUGCACCGGUGAAGAAAAUGUGUAAUUCGAGUUGUUGUUGGAAAUAGAACCAAGGAAGUUCUAUUUAUUAUUUGGUUAUUUUUCUGUAGUGCAAUACUUUCUAUUAACCGCAACUACUGCCCUUAAAUAAUUAAUUAUCGUGUCUUUGUAAUUUAUUUGCGUGUAAUUAUUAUAUUAUAUUAAAUGAUGAAGUGGAGAAAAUGAAGAGAUAUUGUCGUAAGAUAAUUUUAUAUUUAUUUUUGGACUUCAAAGUCCACAAUUGUACACUGUAUUUGUAUAUAUAGUUUGGUAGUAGUGCCAUUUUAAUUUUCUUUUUUUUUGAUUUAUUUUAUCCUCAAGCGACAAUAAUAAAGGAAAUUGUAAUUGCCAGUUUGUAUUUUGUAAAAGGAAAAACAGGUGUAUUUGAAUGAAUGCAGGGUUUGCUGUACUGGCACGUAUUGUUUUUGGAAGUUGUAAUGGGCCUGUGAAUAAGAAAACUGCGUUAGAAACGACAAUCACAAGACUAUUUUUAAGGAGCGUAUCUUUCGUCAGUGUAAAGUGGUGUAAAUAAAUAAAUGUUUAUGUU